AUGGUGGGUAGAUGGUUCGUUGGGUAUGUGGGCGGGUGGGUAGCUGGGUGGUUGAGAGGUGGGCAGGCGGGUGGGCAGGUGGUCGGUAGCCGUCCCUUCUCUGUGAGCCGUCCCUUCUCUGUGAGCCGUCCCUUCUCUGUGAGCCGUCCCUUCUCUGUUUGCCGUCCCUUCUCUGUGUGCCGUCCCUUCACUGUGUGCUGUCCCUUCUCUGUGUGCCGUCCCUUCUCUGUGCGUUCGUUCCCUUUUCCUGGGGGCCAUGCAUGUGCAGCUUCCCUCCCAAGGCACGGGGCCACCCAUGUGCAUGGGCUGGGCAACACACCGUCCUCCACCGAUGCAAAGGUGGUGACGGCGCCCAUCCUUGGAUGCUUCUCAUGCCGCCUUUCACCUGCCUCGUACCACGUCCCCUCCCAUCACAGCAGUUAG